AUGACCGACACCAUCUCUGCGGCGAAUUUCGUUCGCCGCGCCUUUCGAUAUAUCCAGGUUCCAGAAACUGAAGCUCGAUUGGGACUUGGGUUGUUCAUUCCUCUCAUCAUUGCGAUUGGCCUCUACUGCGCUUUCCGUCCUGUUCGGCAGCAGCUGAUAGCUGGCAUUCCCAUUGUCGGCGGCUCCAAUAAAGAGGCAAUUAAAAAAAGUCGCAUACGGUUCCUGAACGAUGGAAUGCAGAUGCUUCUAGAGGGCUAUCGGAUGACCAAUGGCGGACUUUACUAUGUGCCAUCAAAGCUGGGCGAGCGCCUCAUGCUGCCCGUCAAGUACUUGGAAGAGCUCAAAUCUGCGCCCAUCGAUGAAGUCGACUUUGUGGCGACCUUUAUCGAGAUGUUUGAGGGCAAGUACACCACCAUGGGUAGCAGAUCGACCCUGCAUCCGCGCUGCGUCCGCGGGCAGUUGAAUCGGAACUUGUGGACAGUCAUGGACGGCAUUCAAGAAGAAAUAAGGGACGCCUUUGACGCGGAAUUCCCUGCUUGUGAUGACUGGACCGAGGUAGAAGUGGUUGAUCGCAUUACCCAAAUCGUCGCGCGCGUCUCCAGUCGCAUGUUUGGCGGCACCGUGCUGAGCCAGAACAAGGAAUGGGUCCAGUCGUCCAUUGACUUUGCUCUCGACGGGUUUCUCGGUGCCCAGGAACUUAAGAAAUAUCCCGAAUUUUUGAAGCCGAUUGCAGCCCGAUUCAUCCCCGCGAUUCGAAAGAUUGAGGCCCAUUACAAGGCUGCUGAGCGGGCGGCCAUCCCUCUGAUCAACGAGCGGGCGGCCACAGGCAGCACUGCCUCUGACCUCCUGUGCUGGAUGGAUCAAGACGCCAAAGGUGAUGAGAAAGACCCAGCUUUUCUCGCCGGCAUCUUAUUGAAAGUAAGCUUCGCCGCUAUACACACCAGUGCUGCGGCACCGACGCAGCUCCUAUAUGACCUGUGCAACAUGCCAGAGUAUAUAGAGCCCCUAAGGCAAGAGAUUCGAGACAAUCUCAAUGAACAAGGACAACUCUCUCGCCAGGGAUUUCAGGGACUGUCCAGGCUAGACAGCAUCAUGAAAGAAAGUCAGAGGUUCAACCCGCUUCUCUUGAUCACUUUUGAGAGAGUCGUGACGAAGAACUAUCGUCUUGCUGAUGGACUAGUAAUUCCCGCCAAUACGACGAUAGGCAUCCCCGCCCACGCUGUCUCUAUGGACCCCGCCAUUGUCCCUGAUGAGCCAGACAAGUUCAAAGGAUUCCGCUUCCACGACAUUCAGCAAAGCGCUGCGCAGGCAAAGAAGGCUGAUAGGACAGAGGAGAGCACCAGGCUUUCCGUCGCAUAUGCUGCCUCGCACUCAUCAAGUAUGCAUUUUGGAUACGGUCGUCAUGCUUGUCCCGGUCGUUUCUUUGCCUCUGCUGAGAUCAAGGCCAUCAUGGUCCAUUUGCUCAUGAACUAUGACUUCCAUUUCCCCAAGAACAAUUCUGCACGGCCGCCGAGCUUGAUGUUCGAGACACAGAAUUUACCGAAUCCCGGUGGUCGAAUCAUGUUCAAGAGAAGAAAGCAAAACUAG